CCUCUCUUGAUAACUACGGUCCGCCGCCGAGAAAAAGGUCCCGCCUUUCUUUCUUCAUCCUAUUGGAUCGAUAAUGCGCUGUUCUGGGCUCCGAGGUUUCCAAGUUGAAGGAGCCGGACAUGGCUUCCACGUCCCUGGGGCCGGCGUCGGCUGGUCAUGCCGGCUCCCGCCGCCGCCACAUGUGCCGUCGAGAGCUCUUCCGGCUAUGGCCACUCCGGAUUGGAGGCGGGAAGGGGUGAGGGGUGGGAGAUUGGGUUCUGUCGUUGUCCGUGUGAAGCCCGUGGAAGAUGAGAACUUGUCGCCGGCGGCGCCUUUGCAGUUGUCGGCGGACCGGGCGGUGGAGGAAUCGAGGAAGUCGGGUCGGAAUUCGAGCUCGCUUCCUGAACCAUUGUCAUUAACUGAUCUCUCUGUUUCUGAGCAUGGAUCUAAAGUACGUGUAGGAUAUCAGGGUUCACCUGGUGUCUUCAGUGAGGACUCUGUCCUGAAAGCAUACCCACAGGGUGAAGCUGUUCCAUGUGAACAGUUUGAGGUUGCAUUCAAGGCAGUUGUACUUUCAUUAGUUGAUAAAGCAGUUCUGCCAAUUGAGAAUUCAAUGGACGGAAGCUAUCAUCAGAAUUAUGACUUGCUUCUCUGCCAUAAUUUGUGCCUUGUGGGUGAGGUGCAGUUGUCCAUUAACCACCGUCUUGUAGCUCUGCCAGGCGUGCACAAGCAGCAGUUGAGGCGUGUUUUAAGCCACCCACAGGCACUUGGCCAAUGUGAGAUUGCAUCGAGCACGUUGGCUGUUGUUCGAGAAAGUGUCGAUGACUCUGCUGGUGCCACUCAGUUGAUAGGGUUUAAGGGAUGCAGGAGCAAUUGCAAGUGCCCGGGCUGCAGAUAUCUAUGGGCAUAAUGUGCUCGAGGAAACUAUGCAGGCAAUGAACUUUCUCCUAUCACUGUUGGUGUGGUAGAUCUUGUUUUCAUGUGAAGGAUGAUUUUCUCUAAAUUGCAAUGCGGUUGUAGUCAGAAUAGAUUUUUUAAUAUCUUAAUUAUAUCAUUAUCACAUGAAUUCUUUUUUAUCCUUGUGUUUGAUUGUGAGAUUGGGAACAUAGUGAACUUUUUUUUUUUUUUUCCCAUUUUGAGUUCCAUUGUCACUGGAGCUGCAUGCCCUUAGUAAAUCAUCAGAUACCAUUAUUAAAUGCAUUAACAAUAUCUGUUAUGUUAUUUGCCCUGCUUGAUUUGUUUAAUGUCUUUUCUAUCAAACAACUGCUCCCAGUUAGUAAUGGCUUCCAUUUUCGACAGGAUUCUCAUGAGUCAGAAAACAUGGUGGCUAAUCAAAUUAUAAAUAGUUCUGCACCGAGACAUUGUUUACAUUGAUUAAAAUGUGCAAUGAAUGUUUUUAGUAAAAAUUACUGCCAUAUUGGUGAAAACUAGAACAUAUUUAUUCUAAUAUUUGAUGAAAUAUUUUCUGUAGUUUGCCAAAAUACAUAACUAAGAUAUCGUGGUAACUGACUGAAUAGGAAGGAAUCUCAUAGCUUAAUUUGGUUCAUCUGACAUGGUUAUAUUCCUUGGUAAGUCCUUCAGGCAUAUUGAAUGGUGUACAAAUUUUGAGGAAGAUGGUGUGCGCAUUCAUAUCAAGGCACACUACUUGUCCAACAUAUUUCUCUUUUUGACAUGCAUUGUAUGUUCCAGCUUUUGUCGUUGUAUCUUUGUAGUUUUUGUACUUUGGUGGAAGUUUAGAAUUUUAGUUCUUUUUUCUACCUCUUUUCAAUACUAUGUAUUCAGAUGUUAUCAUCUAUUAAUGACAGGAUGUCCCCAAAAAUGUUUUGAGAUUUCUUGUCCUUGCUCGGGAACCUAUAAUUCCAAGGAUCGAUAGAGCCUUUAAGACUAGCAUAGUAUUCACUCUUGAAGAAGGUCCUUGGAGUAUUAUUCAAAGCACUGGGACUUCUUUCUCUGGGGAAGAUAAAAUUCACAAAGAUCGAGAGCAGGCCCCAAAGGAGUCGCCCUCUUAGGGUUGUUGAUGACUCAGCAGACGCAAUGCUAUUCCUUCGACUAUGGUCAUAGAGAGAGAGAGAGAGAGAGAGAGAGAGAAAGAGAGGGGGGGGGGGUUAUUA